AUCUUUUUAUUUUCUCUGAUUGCAGGGAGAGGAAAAAAAAAAAAAAAAACUCGAAAGAGUUUAUUUCUUCUCAACAAUGGCGUCCAAGAAAACCCUAGCCCAGCGUCUCUUCAACAUAUGCAAAACCUCCUCCAAAAGCCUCACGAAUAGCCGUCGGAUCCCUAAUCGAGCAAGUAUUGCCCCGGAUCCUGGUGACAAUGCCAUUUUCAGCCGGUUCCUCCACAAGAGGGCGACUUCGCCGGCGACUUCGCCGGAGCUCCGGUCGCUUCCGGCGGGAGAAAGCCUGAUCGAGAAGAUCAAGGAAAUCGGCAUUGCGAGAGAUCGCCUCCGAUUCGACGGCCUGACUCCGCCGGAAAUUUCGCCGGAAGAGAAAUCUGACUUGAAGGUGGCAAAUAUGAGGAAGUUCCUUAGGGUGGCGCCGUUGGAGGCUGUGAAAUCGAGGCUGAGAGAGCUUCAGAAGACCUGGAUUCCGUACUCGGACUUUGUACGGAUCUGCGGUGAAGGCUCUCCUGGUCAGGAUGAUCAGGGACGUAGUUUCGCGAAAAUGCUCGAAGACAGUGGAAGCGUUGUCGUUCACGGUGACAUCGUAUUCCUCAGACCAGAACAGGUAGCCAAUGCUUGGACCAAUGCUCUCCAAGCACUAAUUCAAGCAGCAGAUUCCAACCCCAACGACACAGGAAGAAAUGAGCUAGAAGAGAUGGAGAAGCAGAAGUCCGAGAUUGACGAGGAAGCGGACUCACUUGUCCGAAAGGAGCUCUUGGGCGGUCUUGGCUACCUUGUGGUCUCGACCGCCGGGUUGUUUAGGCUCACCUUUUGGGAGCUCUCAUGGGAUGUGAUGGAACCCAUUUGCUACUUCGUAACUUCCACGUACUUUAUGGCUUGUUACGCCUUCUUCCUCAGGACCAGAACAGAGCCUUCUUUUGAAGGGAUUUUUCGCAGCCGGUUUAGCGCAAAGCAGAGGCGCCUAAUGGAGCUUCACAAUUUUGAUGUAGAGAGGUAUAGUGAGCUGAAGAAAGCUUUUCAUCCAUACUCAACUCGCUUGCCGGCAACACCUCCUCAACCUUAUUCUUCCUUUGAUAAAUCGGAGAAAGUGCAAUUGGGUGUUGUACAUGAUCAUUGAUUUUACGUGAUAUACUCAAAAUGAAAUGAGAGACGAAAUAGUACACAUUUUUGUUUUAAUCUUAGUUUCCCAUGUCACGUAUUACUACCAUAUCGGGAAGCGUAUGAUUAAAAAAAAAAAAACAGAAUAUAUUAGAGAUUUG